GACAAUUCGUGAGAUCCAAAACAUCUUCAUUAAAAGAAUUUAAUCAGUCUACAAUAACAAACUCUCAUAUACACUCACUGUCAAAUUUAUUAUACAAAUUGAAUAUUCUAUUUCCUGUUGUUUAGUUGGGUCCUUAACCUUAACAAGGCGGUCCUCAGGAGAUCACACAACCGAAGGAGAUCAAGCACCUUAGCCGUUAAAUGUCAUACGCUCCAAGAAUCGGGUAGAACCACCCUUGCCGAUUCCAUAAAGAAUCCUCACUCUUCGUAUGAGGAGCGUCUGCACUCACGUGAUUGAUAUUCAUGAGAUACAAGCUGCCUCCCUCGAUCAUUCGUCCUCAUCAUGGAUGACUUCUUAGAUACCUCCGGAAUUGGUAAAUCUACUAGAGUGACCACUCAUAUAUGCUAAUUCUCAUAGAUAUGAAUAAAAAUUCAAAUCUUUCCAUUUAUGUUCAAUUGGUUACCUUUAGAAAAAGCUCGGCGGAUGAAAUAACCAUCGAUGUGCCAGAAGAUUGCCAAGUCGAGACUGCUCGAUGUCUGUCCAAACGGCUGGAUUUUCGGUUCCGCUAUGCAUAUGAUACUCGCAAAGUCACUAUCACCCGAAACUCGACUCUUCAUACUUUGGAGUUACCCGAUUUUGACAAUUAUCAGACUGAUUUACAAGGUUCGUCUUAUCAUGACUUCAUGUUUGAUACUGGAGAUUCAAACAUGGAUGUGGAUAUUUCCGCAUACCAAGAUCUCUUAGCACCACUGCCUGAAUUCUCCGGUGAUUCUGAUGCAUUUGCACAAAGCAUGGAACUUUCAGAUGAACGAUCUGCCAACGUGCUAUUCAAUGAUUUGAAUCUGGAUAACGGCACCUUUGGUACCUCUACAAACGGCUUUCACAUCGAGCAUGAUGGUGACGAAAGAUUGCCAGAAUGGAUUGAUCUGGUAAAUAUUGUGGAUCAAUAUGACUUUGACCCGGACACCAACAUGCUGGAUGAUAUUCGACUCGACAAUAGUACUUUUGAGGAUUCACAUGAAUUAUGCGAAAGUGUUCAAUUGGUAUCGGGCACUCCAGUUACUAGCGGAACUCAGAACCCUAUAACCGAUAUACCAGCAUGGAGAGACACACCUCCGGCUCCUGUGGCGGUGCUAGACGUACCAACGCCUCGACCUCUUAGUCCUGUAGAUUCGGCCCAUAGUGUGCCAUCAAAGAAUUCACAGUCACAAGGAAUUGACAUUGUUGUCAAGCCUAAUUGGAAUCGAAGCGAUUCUAGCCUUGGCAAUACACCAUCAAGCUAUCAAGAAGGGGUUUUUAGUUCGACGCCCGGUUUUUCGAGUAUGCCAACUACUUAUGGAUCGUCGCCUCGUCGUAUGGGCCGUUUAGACUCUGCCACACGUGCCAAAGCCAAUGCUGUGAAAGCUAUAGGGGCUUGUUGGCGCUGCAAGUUUUUACGAAAACCAUGCGAUGCACAAAACUGUUGCAGUCAAUGUAAAGGGAAGCGGGGUGGACCAUGGCACAGUAUUGGGUGCAGACGGGGCGAUAUCAAAAACAAAAUGCUUCCGAUAUCACUAUGUCCUGCAAGAACUAUGCAAGCAUCGAGUCCAUCUACAGUAUCAGAAAUGUGCAAGCCAUGGCUUUUUGCAAAUCGAUGUCGCUUCGAUAUUUCGGAGCGUCGCGAAAAGAAUUUAAGUCCUGGGAUUAUGAGCACUUCAAACCCCACAAAAAUUAGUCACUUUCUUCAAAAUUUGGCAACUGAUGGACCGCUAGCCAUUGGCCUGCAACGAAACAGAUCAUCUUUUUUAGAAAGAUCCAAAGAGACUGCACCAGCUGUGUUGGAUCCUCUUGAUGACUGCAUUUUGACUAUACUUUGGGGACUUCUCAACUGUGAAAGUGCAGAAAAAGCAGUUCAUCCCUGGAUAACAUUACACAAUGGGACCCUAGAAGAUUUUAUAUUACUUCUGAAUUCUGCAGCUAUAUAUCAAGCAAGCUUUGAUAGUAAUCAACUAAUUGCUUACUCACUUACCUGCCUUCGCACUUGCAUUGAAGCUCUACACGUCAAUACAUUGGGAGGCUUCGAAAAUUCGCAUGAAGCAUGCGAAAUGUCUAUUUGUAAGGUCGAUUGUAUACGCGAUCUCGAAUUACAAGUAGAGCAGUACCUUGAUGAACUAUCUCGAGUUAUAUUCCUGAAAGAAAACAUGCGAAACCGAUUCUGGUGGCUGUCAGCUUUCUACAGUCUUUGUAUUCAGGGGGUUGUUCGACAAGCAUUAAUAUUAUUAUUCUCUAAUGACCACAACAAGGCAUCGGAAAUAGAGGAGUUGGGUUCCGCACAAUAUCUACACAUUGCGAUUCGGUUAUUCUCUGUAAGUUCUGGUAGCCAUGAUCCAUUGAUUCAAGACUGGACCUCGCGACCUACGUCUCCAUCGGUUGAAAACGGAGCACCAAGUAUCGAAGAUUAUCAAAAUGCCCAAUCAGCGAUCAACCAAUCCCAGUGGAAAGUCAAGGGUAUCAAGAAGUCUGGUAUUUAUCUGAAGAAACUAUUUGAAGAUAAUGGAGGUCCUCUUGCAGAACCCCACGAUGAAUCUGGAACACUCACUGUUCUACCCGAACCAUAUCUUCCAAGAAUCUUUACUUUAGAAACUUGUCGUCAACUUCGCGCCGAUUGGGAUUUAGCUCGAUGCAACUAUACGAAGAAUGUACUACAAAUUGUCAAGCAUUAUGGACAAAACUCAAAAGCUUAUAGUGACGCUGAAGAAAAAUGGCUGUCGGUGGACGCUAAAUGGAAAAGGGUAAGUGACGAGGCCAUGACGAACACCAUCAACCAAGCGCACAACAGGGGCGAAACACCGAAACCCAUCCUUUCAGAGACAUAGUACAUUUUAAGUCAGUUGAUAAAAUACAAAUUUAGCGUUUCACUCAUCAACACGUUGAAGUGAGUUACUCAAUGGGAGAACAUCGAUCUCUUUUACGAAACCCUCGGGAAUACCAACGCUAGAUGCCCGCCACCCUCAACAUAGCUUCCAUGGAAAACCACCCCGUCUCAGUUUCCCAUCCCACUUCCACCAUUAUUUGCCCGCCCUCACUUCUUUUUCAAGCAUUCUUCAUACAAUGCCAAACCUGAGUUUCUCGCACCUUGGCCGAGCAAUGGUGAGAAUUUAUGGAUGAUAUCGAAUUCAAAAGACAAACAAGCACCUAAGUGUAGAAAUCAUGAAGGUCAAGAGAGGGUAGUGAUGCCGACACCCCGCCAAAACUUGGUUUCAUGUUAGGCUCAUUAGUUUGCAAUCAGUAAACGAUGGAGACAAGUUCUAGACAACAUUGUAUUCAGCACGAGAUCACCUUCGCAGGCUCCCAUUUGUGGGUAAAGUUCUACUUAAUCAAGACAGGUGAUCUGGAAUAUCUAAAAAGUCGACACCUAACAUAAGAAAUGGGAGGGUGAGAGGAGAAGCCAGGAAAAGGGCCAUGAGAUACAUGUUUGCUAUAUGAAGAACGUGAUGAGUUGAUUCUACUCUGUCUACUUGGAUGGACAUAAGGAGGUACUGGGGACCGGCUGGCCGGAUUUGUGCUUCUUUUUAGGCAUCUUCGACUCGGAUCUCUUGGGGGUCAGAUUAGAUAGGAGGGAAAGGUUAAGAUACCAGAAACUCCAAAUGUAUCGACGAAUAUGAAGAGAUGGCUAGUUUUCUUGUCUGAUGCUAGAUACGAGGGGUAUACGCAUCGGUGAUGGAAAGAUAAGAUUGGAUAUUAUAUGCAUGAAUGAGGCGAGGUUAGAUGCAAGAAUUAUCUAGGUAGCAUCAUCUAAGUAUGCGAUGAAUACGAAAGACGCUUAAGCUUCUCAAUACACUGCUCAUAAAGAUACA